AAACAGCAAAGUGUUGUGAAGUGAAAGAAGUUAAAUAAGCGCCAACUUUCAACUGUGGCAAAGCUUUAAAAUUCGAUUCAAAUGCUAAAGAGUUGCAAACUUUUAAUUGACAGUAGUGGAAAAUUUCUGUUUCAAUUUAUCGUUCGUAUAAAGUGUGCACAUACAAACGUUCAUACAUACGUACUCACAUGAGUGUGAGUGUGCUUUCUGCGUCUUCAGGAGGAGAAAGAAACCAAAGCUUAAACGAUGGUUGAUAGCAGUGAAUCGAAAUACCAGUACUUGGCUGGCAUCUGCGUGAAUAUUAUCACUAUAUCAUAUGGAGGCUUCUGUGGUUGGCCAUCUGCAAGUUUCUUACAACUACAAUCAGAUGAAAGCCCACUCGAAACGGGCCCCAUGUCGAACUCUGACACCGGAUGGGUGGGGUCUAUGGUGUACGUAGGUGGCGCUUUGGGUACGAUGUUCUGUUCGUGGUUUGCCGAUCGUUAUGGCCGAAAGAAAUGCCUGCUGAUGGUGGCGUUACCAUCCUUGGCUGGCUGGCUAAUUAUACCGUUUGCCACCACACCUACACACCUAUGUAUUGCACGUGUGUUUGGCGGAUUUGCUGGAGGUGGCAUUUUUACCGUAGUUCCCAUCUAUACCACCGAGUUGGCGCAAGAUCUGAGUAUGCCUAUGGUAUGGUUGAUAUUAACAUUCAAUUUCGGUAUACUCUGUGCUUUUGUGCUGGCGUACUUCUUCACAUACCGUGAGGUUGCUUGGAUUCUAUCAUCGCUGAGUUUUGUGUUCCUGCUGUGUUUCUCUUUCCUGCCGGAAACACCACAGCAUCUAAUAAAUAAUAACAAAAUUAAAAAAGCCGAGAAGUCUUUGAAAUAUUAUCGCAAUAUACGCGCUCUUUCACAUGAGUUGCCUGAAGAUUUCAAAUUCGAAUUGGACAAACUGAAAGGUGAAGGCAAGCAGGAUGCUGAAGAUGAAAGCAAUUCACUUGCCUGGAAAGACAUAAAUAAUCCUACUACACGCAAAGCGUUUAUGAUUGGUAUUGGAAUUAUUACGCUUAUGCAGUUUUCCGGCUGUUUCGCUAUGUUGAAUUAUUCUGGCAAUAUCUUAGAGUCUGGUUCAAGUCUUUCCCCCAUAGUAUCGACAAUAAUUGUUGGUGUGAUCCAUCUGCUCGGAUCUUAUACAUCCACUUUGCUAGUGGAACGCGCUGGUAGAAAGGCUUUACUGCUCAUUUCGACCGCUGGCGUAGCUUUGGGCCACAUUAUAUUCGGCACCUACACAUAUCUUAAGGUGCUCGACUACGAGGUUAGCGGGUUUUCUUGGUUACCAGUGUUUAGCUUCUCAUUCACAAUAUUCAUUGCGAGCGUGGGUUUAAUGGGGCUGCCAUACUUGGUUAUUGCGGAAAUUAUGCCUCUAAAAUUACGCAGUUUGGGCUCAAUGACCUGCAUGAUGACCAUGUGGAUUACCGGAGUGUUCUUGCUAAAAUACUUGCCAUUGAUGGCGGAGUUUAUGGGCAUGCACGGCAUGGUCUUCGGAUUCGGUGGAAUUUGUAUUGCAGGUUGUAUAUUUCUAAUUAUUUAUGUACCCGAAACCAAAGGAAAAAGUAUUGAUGAAAUCCUACAGAACUUAUAAUACAUAUUGAUGCGACGAAAAAUAGUCACUUCUGCAGCAAUAAUGAUUCUCGUUACUCUGUGAGCGAUAUUUACUUACUUACAUACAUAAGUACUUACAUGUAGGAAAUUAAAUUGCAUUUUUAAAUAUUUUUUUCAGAAUUUUAAUUUAAUUUAAUUAAGCAAUGUACAAAUUUUGCUCAGAUUGACUGUAAUUUUUAUCAAGUGUAUCACAGAUUGUAAGUGGAUUUUCUGAACAAGUUGUGCUUUAUACUAAUAUAAAAUAGGUUUAAAAUAAAGGGGUUAUACUCAAAAGCUUUAUUUAUGCUAAAAUAUUGAAUCUUGCAUACAUAUAUAUGUAUGUAUGUACGCAUUUAAAAUAUCGUACAUCCUAUGUUAGUCAGACGGGGAUAACGGAAACCAUGUAUGUACACCGAUGGGCAAGGAUGGAAAAGGAGUUGGCCCGGGUCCUAAUGCGAGUACCUGCAGAUCUUGCGCUUGCAGAGACAUUCGGUGGAUAUCUUUGGAAUAGUAAAGG